CUUAAACGUUCGUCGAGCGCCCAGUGCGACUGAUCAUAUCCACCGGUCCGAAAGAUUUGUGAUUACCACUUGAUAACCAGCCCGUCUAGCCUCUAAUAAAGUUGUUAUUGAAUUUGCCCAUUGACUAGAUCCAUAAACAAGCUGUCAAGUAAUCUGUCAAUCAUGGGUUUGACGCGCGUGCUGGUGAAGGAUGGCGGUUUCGGCACCCAGAUGACCGUCCAUGUGGGCGACUCUGUGGAUGGGGAUCCGCUGUGGAGUGCCCGCUUCAAUGCCACCAAUCCGGCGGCCAUCAUCAGCACCCACCUGGACUUUUUGCAGAAUGGUGCCGAUAUCAUUUUGACCAACACCUACCAGUCCAGUGUCGAUGGUUACAUGGAGUACAUGGAGCUGGACGAGGAGCAGAGCAUCGAGCUGAUAAAGAACACGGUCCGCCUGGCCCACAUCGCCAAGGAACGCUAUCUAUCCGAGUGCUAUCAGGAACAGUUGUCGGUGCAGGAGGGAUACCCUUUGAUCAUCGCCUCCAUAGGACCCUUUGGUGCCCACCUGCACGAUGGCUCCGAGUACACCGGUAGCUAUGCCGACUUUGUGCCGGCCAAGGAGAUUACGGACUGGCAUCGCGGGAGGAUCGAAGCGUGCUUGGAGGCUGGUGUGGAUGCGCUGGCCAUCGAGACGAUUCCCUGCCAAAUGGAGGCGGAGGCCCUGGUGGAGAUGCUGUGCGAUGAUUAUCCGGAUGUCAAGUUCUGGGUGGCCUUCCAGUGCAAGGAUGAGAAGACCCUGGCGCAUGGAGAAACCUUUUCGGACGCGGCGAAUGCUAUUUGGGACCUAUUGGCUGAGCGAAAUGCCCAGGAUAAGUGUCUGGCCAUCGGAGUAAAUUGUGUGCAUCCCAAGUUUGUGACUCCGCUCUUCAAGAGUUUGAAUGGUGACCGCGAAGUGGGUGAGCAGAUACCGUUGGUGGUGUACCCCAAUAGCGGAGAGGUUUACGACGUGGUCAACGGCUGGCAGGGAAGAGAGCACUGUGUGCCCCUGGCGAACUACGUUCCGGAGUGGGCGCAACUGGGGGCCAAGGUCAUUGGGGGAUGCUGUCGCACCUAUGCGAGGGAUGUACGCCACAUCGGGGAGGCCAUUCGCGACUGGAACAAACUGAAGAAGGUCUCAUAGGGAUGAACUUCUAAACUGGGGAUCUCAGUACCUUCGAAAAGAACAAAAUAGUUAUCCAUUUAGUACUGUAAAUAAAUGUAUUUAGUAUUAAGGCAUAAAACUUAUUUGAAUAAAAAGGAAAGACAAAAGUU